AAUCAGUGUAAAUAGAAUAAAGUCAUCAUGGUUCAAAUUUAUCUAGUCUGAGCGCUUAAUCAAACUAAUUGGAAGUGAUUAUGGCGCAUGUAUAGAAGUUUCCUUAUUUAACGCUAGUGUUAUAAUGACUAAAAAUAGAGUUAAAAACGCGUAAAACAGUCCAUACUUUAUCAGCCAGACAAAGUGAGGAUCGUAGUAUCAAGUAAAUGAGCUAAUUAUUCAAUUGACCGAGAAAUAAACCAAAAUUCUAGUUCACAAAAAUCUUUCAAACUAAUUUUAACCAGUUUGUAGCAUCAAACAAGUUAAUGACGUUAAAUAACAUGUGACAGGAAGACAGCAAUAUUGUUUGUUUCAAAAUUAAAUCAAAACUUCCCAGUGUUUUUCAAUGCAAUUAAAAUCGAAAACAUAUCAAUAUGUUUUCGAGACGUUUACGCUCAUUUUAUUCAUUAAGUUAUUUGUUUGCGAAUCAUGUCGUUCUAUCUAAUCGUACUAACUGUAGAAAAACAAUCAGCUUAUACCAAAAUAUUGCACAAAUAUCUACAACAAUUGGCAUAGAAGCAAAAUUAAAUGUAAAAUUGAAAAGUGUCGAGCCACAAGAAGCUAAAAUUAUCGAUGGCAAAAAAAUUGCUGAAGACAUUCGAGGUGAAUUGAGACAACAAGUUAAGGAGUGGAUGAAAAAUGAGAAUCAACGAGCUCCACAUUUGACUGCUGUUCUAGUUGGCGAUAAUGCAGCCUCUCAGACUUAUGUGAAAAAUAAAAUGAAGGCCGCAGCAGAAGUAGGAAUUACGAGCGAGACAAAACAAUUGCCAAAAACAAUCUCUGAGAUUGAACUACUCUCAAUUCUCACUGAUUUAAAUAAUGACGACAAUGUUGAUGGAAUUCUUGUGCAACUUCCCUUACCUGAUCACAUAAAUGAGCGAAAAAUCUGCAAUUUUGUAAGUUGUGAUAAGGAUGUUGAUGGAUUUAAUGAGAAGAAUAUCGGAAGAUUGUGCCUCGAUAUGAACACUUUAAUUCCGUGUACGCCUUUGGGAAUUAAAGAGCUAAUUAAAAGAUCAGAAAUUGAGACAUUUGGAAAGCAUGCAGUCGUUGUUGGACGUAGUAAAACUGUAGGUAUGCCGAUGAUGAUGCUUUUACAUGCUGAUGGGAGACAUGAAACUGGUGCUAUGGAUGCAACCGUCACAAUUUGUCACAGAUUUACACCACCAAGUGAUUUAAAACAGCUUUGUAAGAUGGCAGAUAUUGUAAUUGUUGCUACAGGAAUUCCUGGCUUAAUUAAAGAGGACAUGAUCAAACCGGGUGCAACUGUUAUUGAUGUUGGUAUUACGAGGGUUUUCGAUGAAAAGACUGGAAAAUCAAAGCUUGUUGGCGAUGUUGACUACGAAAAUGUCAAGAAAGUAGCUGGAUUUAUCACACCCGUACCAGGCGGUGUUGGUCCAAUGACUGUAGCUAUGCUGAUGAGAAAUACUUUUGUGGCAGCAAAGAAGUUAGCAGAAUCAAGAAAUGACAAAUUUAUCAAUUAAAAUUGCAUGUAUUAUAAGUUAAAGAGACAAUAAUUGAAUUGCUAAUCUUUGAAUCUGUUAUUAACUUGCUUGAAUCCACCUCUAUAUAUCCAUUAAUUGCAUUGUACUUAUUUAAAUAAUCUCAUACAAUAAACUGCAUUGUAAACCUUAAUUUUAGUCAUUUUUGGACGUCAGUUAUAUAUGAUUUUUGCCUUAUUCCUUCCUAAAUUAAUCAACAGUUU